AUGGCCACGUCGUCAACAACGACUCCGGCCGCCGCCGCCGCCAUCUCACCCGACGAGCAAGCCCGACUAGUCGAAACCUCCAAGCGCCUGGCCGCCUUCCAGGCCGUCAAGGACUACCUCCUUCCCACAUACACGCGGAUCGGCAUCGGCUCCGGCAGCACCGUGGUGUACGUCGUCGAAGCGAUCCGCGAGCUGGGCCCGGCCGUCACGUCCAAAAUGGCCUUUUACCCGACCGGCGCGCAAUCCGAAGAGCUGAUCGAAACCGCCGGUUUGACCCUACAAUCCAUCAACAAGCUUCCCCCCGGGCAGAUGCUGGACGUGGCCUUUGACGGCGCAGACGAGGUGGACGACGAGCUGAACCUGAUCAAGGGCGGCGGGGCGUGUCUGUGGCAGGAGAAGAUUGUCGCCGCCAGCGCGAGGCUGUUUGUCUGUGUUGCUGAUUUUCGAAAGCUUUCGCCGCGUUUGGGGACGAAUUGGAAGAAGGGGAUUCCCAUUGAGGUGCUGCCAAUGGCUGCGCCUAGGGUGCUGCAUGAGCUGAAGCUGUUGGGAUCCAUGAACCCGCUUGUCCGCCCCGGGCUGCCGGGUAAGGCGGGGGCUGUGGUUACGGAUAAUGGCAUGUGGAUUAUUGAUGCGCCGUUCAAGCCGCUUCAGCUUAACAGCGACGGGAUAGUCAGCGGGGUCAAUGGAGUGUACACGGUUGACGAUCUGGCCGAGAGGCUAAUCAAGAUUCCCGGUGUGGCAGAGAUUGGGUUGUUUUACGGCGACCACGGCCUUCAGAUCGCCAGCGGUGCCCAGAAGCCCGUAGCCGCGUAUUUCGGGAUGGCAGACGGCACGGUACAGGUGGCUAAGGCUCCAGGCGUUGAAUGA